AUAAUAAUAAAAAGAUUGGGGUUUUAGGAUAAUCUAGUUUUUAUUUAUUUUUACACUUUUACAUAUAAAAGAAUGGUUUAUUCACAUGUAAGCAAGAUCUACGGUGUUUGAAAAGAGUUGGCUUACUCAUUUUUAUUUUGUGUGGGGAAUUUCUUUAUUUAGUUCUUUCAUUCUUUUCUUUUCUUGUCUUUUUUUCCUUUCUUUCCUCUUUUUUUUAUUUUUUUUUAAUUUCAUUUCAUUUCAUUUAUAAGCAUACCUAUAUACCAACAUGACCUCCUCAUUACCUUAUAACAUUCAUUUACGUUUUCGUCAAGCGUUGGAUGUUGUUCGGUCUAUACCUGUAGAUGAAGUAGCACUGCAACCGAUACCUACUGAUAAACUCAAGUUUUAUGGAUUAUAUAAACAAGCAACAUUGGGAGAAUGCAAUACACCAAAACCUUCUUCAAGAAAAGUCGUGGAAUAUGCUAAAUGGAAGGCUUGGUACCGGAUUCGACAUUUAAGUAGUCUGGAGGCACAAAAUCUGUAUGUCAAUGCAUUGGUAGAACUUUUAGUUGAGUUUAUCAACCGAUACCCUAACAACCGAUAUGUAACGUUUGCAAAGGAGGCACUUCAAGCAUUGGAACUCGAUCCAUCAGCUGGCACUGAUGAUAUGCAUGAUGAUGAACAAAGCAAUGAACUCUACAGCGAUGCAUGGGAAUCAACUCCUUCUAUGGACGAAUACAAUCCUUUAGUACAUAUUGAACCUUAUCAACUAUCCAACAAUGAUAGUCCCAUAUCACCCAUUCGCUCAUACGCCACACCUUCAUUAGUCGCAAGUACUCCAUCAAUACAAGCAUCUAUCAGUCGCUCUUCUAACACUCACAACAGCCCUCAUACUCCAGUAUUAUCACCUCAACAGUCUUACUUUGGACAUCAAAAAUGGUCAACACCUUCAACAAUGAUGAUGAUGCCAGUAAACAAUGAUUCAUCAUCAGAUACUAACAAAAUCAAACAUUUACACAAUUCAGCCCCACCACCACCGCCAUCAUCAUCAUUAUCAUCGCCACCAUCUACUUCAAAUGGUUCUGAACUCUCCUAUACUUAUAGUCACCAAAUACCAUCGCAUGAAAAGGAUACUGAACAACAUCGAAAACUAUCAGAACGAACAUUAGAAAACCUGCAAACGGAAGUGACAGCUUUGACGGAACAAAUGGAUCGAUUACGACAUGAACUGCAGGAACAGAGCAUCACAAGACGAUCAUUUCAUAUUGGUUGGCUGGUACAAACAUUGAUCAAACACUUGUUAGCAAACUGUUUGCUAGUUGGAAUUCUCUUUUGGAUCAUGUGGCGGCGUCGCUCUCCUUUUGCCAUUGCUUUUGUUGAUUAUUUGCGACCUCAGAUCAAAACCAUGUUACGCUCUCUAGCGCACUCCACGGUGAAGAAGGUCAUGUUUUGGAAAUUGACAGUGUAGACAUCCUCAUUCAUUUUAUAGUA